AUGGCACAGAUGUUUACCCCACCAGGACCAAAAAGUUUCCGUCAGUUCACCCGUGAAUCUCUUAAGGCCAUCGAGAGCCGGAUCGCGGAGGAGAACGCCAAGAAGUCAAAGGAGAAACGGGAGAGAUGUAAACAUGAUGGAAGUGGCACGACACCCAACAGUGGCCUGCUGGCUGGGAAAAAACUGCCAUUUAUAUAUGGAGACCCUCCCAGAAAGUUUCUGUCCACACCAUUGGAAGAUCUGGACCAGUUCUACAGCAACCAGACAACUUUUAUAGUAGUGAACAAACAGAAGACAAUCACCCGCUUCAAUGCCUCUCCUGCCUUGUACAUAAUCAGUCCCUUUAACCCUCUUAGGAAAAUAUCAAUUAAGAUUUUGGUACAUUCGAUUAUUAUGUUUACUAUACUGGCCAACUGCGCUUUCAUGACCUACGCACAAACUCCAGACUGGGCCAAGAAUGUCGAGUAUACAUUCACUGGGAUAUACACCUUUGAAGCGCUCAUCAAGAUUACGGCUCGGGGAUUCUGUGUGGGUCAGUUUACGUUCCUCAGGGACCCGUGGAACUGGUUGGAUUUUAUUGUUAUUGUAAUGGCAUAUGUAACAGAGUUUGUGGAUCUGGGUAAUGUGUCCGCCCUGAGAGCGUUCAGAGUUUUGCGAGCCCUCAAAACUAUAUCCGUAAUUCCAGGGCUGAAGACAAUCGUUGGAGCUCUGAUCCAGUCGGUGAAGAAGCUGUCCGAUGUGAUGAUAUUGACCCUGUUUUGCCUAAGCGUCUUUGCCUUGGUCGGACUUCAGCUUUUCAUGGGAAGUUUAAAACAUAAAUGUGUGCUGGAGCCGCCCAACGCCACCCUGGAUGACAACAAAGAUCUGUUUCUUAACUGGACACCUGCCUGUAUCAACAACUCAGACUACUGCAGGGAUUAUAUUAAUAAUCCUGAUAAUCAUUAUAUGAUAUCAGGAAAGAAGGCUCUGAUCUGUGGGAAGAGCAGUGAUGCGGGGCAUUGUCCAGAGGGAUUUCUCUGCUUGAAAGCAGGUUCCAAUCCCGAUUAUGGUUACACAAGCUUUGAUAGCUUUGGCUGGGCCUUUCUCUCUUUAUUCAGACUGAUGACUCAGGAUUAUUGGGAGAAUCUUUACCAACAGACUCUUCGGGCAGCGGGAAAGACCUACAUGAUUUUCUUCGUACUGGUCAUCUUCCUGGGAUCUUUCUACCUGGUGAACCUAAUCCUGGCGGUGGUUGCCAUGGCAUAUGACGAACAGAACCAAGCCACUAUCGAGGAGGCUUUGAAGAAAGAGGAGGAGUUUAACAACAUGAUUGAGCAGAUCAUGAGACAAGAAGAGGAAGAGCAGGCCGCAGCGUCAAAGUGUGAUGAGCUCAGUGGAGGUAUGACGGACAGCUCUUCUGACACUUCCAAACUCAGCUCCAAAAGUGCCAAAGAAAGACGCAACCACAGAAAGAAGAGACAGCGUCAGGGAGAAGGCGAGAAAGAUGAAAAUUCAAGUGUUAGAAAGAACAGUUUCCGAAACAACCUGAACUCCUAUAAGAGGACUUGCACAUCUCCACACCAGUCUCCCCUGAGCUUCCAGGGUUCUCUCCUUACCCCCCGUCGGGACAGCAAAACUAGCAUCUUCAGCUUCCGCGGCCGUGUGCAUUCCGAAAACAACUAUGCUGAUGACGAGCAAAGCUUGUGUGAGGAGACAGGCAGUCGGAAAGACUCCCUGUUUGUACCUUGUCGUACCGAACGUCUCUACAGCAACGUUAGCAGAGGCAGCCUGACGCCACGCUUACUGCUGCCCUCUAACGGAAAAGCGUGCUACGUGGUUGACAGCACUGGCCUGGUGAUGGUGACGGGCGGAGUUUCUACACCCAACUCGCCCUCAGGAGUAUUAACGCCGCAGGGUGACACAGAUGAAGAGUUCAGAGGACGUUGUGAUUCACGUUUCUCAGUGGCAUUUCUACAAAACCAGUCAGCGAGACAGCGAGCUCUGAGUGUAGUGAGUGUCAGCAACAACCCUACUGACACGGCUGAUGUUUGGAAACAGAAGUGUGUGGAUUGCUGGUACGAUUUUGCCGAAAAUUAUCUAAUCUGGGAUUGUUGUCCUGCGUGGCUGAGGAUAAAGAAGAUUGUCCACAUGAUUGUCAUGGACCCGUUUGCUGACCUGUUCAUCACCAUUUGCAUUGUGAUAAACACAGUAUUCAUGGCCUUGGAAUAUCAUCCCAUGGAUGACAACUUUUCCAAAAUGCUUUCAGAUGGCAAUGUGGUUUUCAUCGGAAUCUUUACUGCAGAAAUGAUUUUAAAAAUCAUUGCUUUAGACCCGUAUAAUUAUUUUCAGGAAGGCUGGAAUAUCUUCGACAGCAUCAUUGUCACUCUUAGUCUGCUAGAGCUUUGUUUGACAAAUGUGUUGUCUGGAAUGGGUAUCCUUAGGCCAUGCCGAUUGCUGAGAGUCUUCAAACUAGCUAAGUCCUGGCCGACUUUAAACAUGCUAAUCAAGAUCAUAGGCAACUCACUGGGAGCCUUGAGCAACCUGACACUGGUGCUAGCCAUCAUCGUCUUCAUCUUUGCGGUGGUGGGCAUGCAGCUGUUUGGAAAGAACUACCGCGACUGCGUGUGUAAGAUUUCUGAAGAUUGCACUCUUCCUCGCUGGCACAUGAACGAUUUCUUCCACUCGUUCCUCAUUGUCUUCAGGGUGUUGUGUGGGGAGUGGAUCGAGACCAUGUGGGACUGUAUGCAAGUGGCGGGACAGCCCAUGUGCUUGAUAGUCUUCCUCAUGGUCAUGGUGAUUGGGAAUCUGGUGGUUCUGAACCUGUUCCUCGCUUUGCUGCUCAGCUCCUUCAGUGCUGACAACCUCGCGGCCACUGACGACGAAGGCGAGAAGAACAACCUGCAGAUCGCGGUUGGUCGUAUCAAGAAAGGCUUUGCCUUCGUUAAGGACUGUCUGCAAAGUUUUUUCCGAAGCAGCUGUUUAAGAUGGAAGAAGAAAAAUAAAACUAGAGAUGGGAACUUGCAAUCGUCGAACAACUAUAAAAUAAAAGACAACCCCAACCACACAUCAUUAGAGCUCUUUAAAGACCCCGGGGGAAUGGCCGGGGUGGAUAAAAACUGUGAGAAUUUCAUCAGCAACCCAAGCCUGACCAUCAGUGUCCCAAUUGCUGAAGAAGAGUCUGAUUUUGAGUGCCUUAACACAGAGGAUUUUAGCAGCCUUUCAUCAGACCUAGAUGAAGAUAAAGAGAAGCUGGCUGACAUGGAUCCCAGCUCAUCUGAGGGCAGUACGGUGGAUCUCUUUGGACAUGCUAAAGAUGGUAAAGACAUACUGGACUUAGAAAUGGAGGAAUCCACAGAGCCAGAAGCCUGUUUCACACAAGGUUGUAUCCAGAAGUUCCCAUGCUGCCAGGUGAAUGAUGAGAAGGGCUUUUGGAGAACAUGGUGGACUUUGAGACAAGCAUGUUUCAACAUAGUGGAGCACAGCUGGUUUGAGACCUUCAUAGUCUUCAUGAUUAUACUAAGCAGUGGCGCUCUGGCAUUCGAGGAUAUUUACCUUGACACAAGGAAAACCAUAAAGACCCUACUGGAAUACGCUGAUAAAGUUUUCACUUACAUCUUCAUUCUUGAAAUGCUGCUGAAAUGGGUCGCAUAUGGAUUUGCCAAAUACUUCACCAAUGUCUGGUGCUGGUUGGAUUUUGUAAUUGUUGAUGUCUCGCUGAUCAGUCUGGUGGCCAAUGCCCUGGAGUACUCUGAGCUGGGCGCCAUCAAAUCUCUCCGAACACUGAGAGCGUUCAGACCAUUGAGAGCUCUCUCACGCUUUGAGGGCAUGAGGGUUGUCGUGAACGCUCUUCUAGGUGCCAUCCCCUCCAUCAUAAACGUUCUGCUGGUCUGUCUGAUCUUCUGGCUGAUUUUUAGCAUUGUGGGCGUCAACUUCUUUGCUGGAAAGUUUUAUGAAUGUGUAAAUGCUUCAGAUCACCGUCUGCCUGUCAAAGAGGUCAAUAAUAUUUCAGAAUGUGAAACUGCGAAAUUGGGCAACAAUGCAACUCGCUGGAAAAAUCUGAAGAUUAACUUUGACAAUGUUGGAAACGGAUACCUGGCCUUGUUACAAGUGGCCACCUUUAAAGGCUGGAUGCCCAUUAUGUAUGCGGCAGUAGACUCUCGCAAACUAAACGAGCAGCCAAUCUACGAGGUGAAUCUGUAUAUGUACAUCUAUUUUGUAGUCUUCAUCAUCCUUGGAGGUUUUUUCACAUUAAACCUCUUCAUUGGAGUCAUCAUUGACAACUUCAAUCAGCAAAAGAAAAAGUUUGGAGGUCAGGAUAUUUUCAUGACAGAAGAGCAGAAGAAAUAUUACAAUGCUAUGAAGAAGCUUGGGUCAAAGAAACCUCAAAAACCAAUUCCAAGGCCAGCUAACAAGAUUCAAGGAUUCAUCUUUGAUGUCGUAACCAACCAGGCCUUUGAUAUUUCCAUUAUGGCACUGAUAUGGCUCAAUAUGGUGACUAUGAUGGUGGAAACUGACGAUCAGACGGAAGAAAUGGAUAAUGUGCUGUACUGGAUCAAUUUUACGUUCAUUGUGCUCUUCACCUGUGAAUGUUUGCUGAAGAUGUUCUCACUACGACAUUACUUCUUUACCAAUGGCUGGAAUGUAUUUGAUUUUGUCGUGGUCAUUAUGUCUGUAGUUGGCAUGUUCCUGUCUAAAGUCAUUGAGAAAUACUUUGUCUCGCCCACCUUGUUUCGUGUAAUUCGCCUUGCCCGGAUUGGCCGCAUACUACGUCUUAUCAAAGGGGCCAAGGGAAUACGGACCCUUCUCUUUGCUUUGAUGAUGUCACUUCCAGCCCUCUUCAACAUCGGACUUCUGCUCUUCCUCGUCAUGUUCAUCUACGCCAUCUUUGGCAUGUCAAGCUUUGCCUAUGUCAAGAAAUCGGGAGGCAUUGAUGACAUGUUUAACUUUGAGACUUUUGGCAACAGCAUGUUGUGUUUGUUUCAGAUCACCACCUCGGCGGGCUGGGAUGGCCUCUUGGCGCCCAUGCUCAAUAGCAAAGAACCCGAUUGUGACCCUAAGAGAAAAUUCACCAACAAUGUAGUGGGUGACUGCGGCAACCCACCUAUUGGCAUCUUCUUCUUUGUCAGCUACAUCAUUAUAUGUUUCUUGAUCGUUGUGAACAUGUACAUUGCUGUGAUAUUGGAGAACUUCAGUGUGGCCACUGAAGAGAGUGCGGAACCUUUAAGCGAAGAUGACUUCGACAGGUUUUACGAGGUUUGGGAGAAGUUUGAUCCUAUAGCUACACAGUUCAUUGAGUACAGCAAGUUGUCAGAUUUUGCAGAUUCUCUGGAUCCUCCAUUGCGUAUACCCAAACCCAACAGACUCCAACUGAUGUCCAUGGAUUUGCCGAUGGUGAGUGGUGAAAGAAUUCAUUGUCUGGAUAUUUUGUUCGCAUUCACUAAACGUGUUCUCGGGGAAGAUGGUGAGAUGGAUGUCCUUCGUGGACAAAUGGAAGACAGAUUUAUGGCGUCCAACCCCUCCAAGGUGUCCUACGAGCCUAUCACCUCAACCCUACGCAGAAAGCAUGAAGACAUGUCAGCCUCGAUAAUUCAGAGAGCCUUUAGGAAGCACAAGAUCAGACAAAGUAAGUUCAAUAAUAAGUACCGAGAGACAAAACAGCAAAACGGGAAUGUUCCCAGAAAAGACUCUACGUUUAAUGACAAGGUUAUCGAUAUUGGCACUUCAGACAAUUCAGACGUAACACCUUCCACGUCCUCUCCACCAUCGUAUGAUAGCAUGACGCAAAAACACAAAAACAAAUACAAGAAAGACAAGUGUGAGAAAGAAAAGGAGGGCAAAGAUACCAGAGAAAAGGAAGAGUGAAGUACAAAGAUACUGCUCUGUCUUUUAAUUGAAAUGGGAACAUUUGUUUACAACUUUUCAAGGUGUUUUGUCAGUGUCAGUUGACCUUGCCUCUUUGGAGUGGAUGUCUAUCCCAUACUGCCUUAGCAUACUUGAACUUUGGGCCUAUUCUGGAGCUGUGAAUAACAUAUAGGUGUUCACGCUGAUGGUGAUUGGCCAUGACAAAGAGACCUGAAGACAUUCAA